CCCAUUGUUUUUCGAAUUCCUCUUCUUCAAUCUCGAAAAUCUACAGAGGAAUCUCCAUUGUUAGCCACAAACGAUGCUACCAAAACGGCGCCACAAAUUUUUCAAAUUCAGAACCCCAAUUUCUUUCCGAAGCAAAGAAAAUUGAAUUUCUGUUUGUUUUCAUCACUCCUAUAUAUAUAAAUAUAUAUAUAAUUGUGGGCUGUAUUUCUGUAAUUGUUCGAAUCAAAUGAUUUCUCGGGAGUACGAGUUCUCACGUGAAGUUGGGGGAAUGGCUUGGAUUAUGCUCAGGAUUGAUUAUUCAAGGCUUUUCUGGCUUUUGUUUGGCCUCUUUUCAUAUGAAAAUCACGAAGGAAAACCUCGGAUUUUUUAGCAUCUGUUUUCUCCUUCCGUUUGCAGCUGAAUUAAUUUUCCAGUUUUUAAUUUCUGUUCUGCUCAAGUGUGUGUGAAGUAGUAAAUCUAUUUUAAUUAGGAGAAGUAAAUUUAUAUAUCUGAGUUGGUUUUAUUCAAUCAUGAAAAAUACAAUCGUUGGGGAAGCCAUUGUUGAUGGAGGAAAUGCGCAGUUGUACGUGGAAAUGGAUCCAUCCGAACGAUACGGUCGCUUCAAAGAUGUUCUUGGAAAAGGAGCAACAAAGACUGUGUACAGAGCAUUUGACGAGUUUCUUGGAACAGAAGUUGCUUGGAAUCGGGUGAAACUCGACGAUGCCUUUAGGUCACCCGAUGAGCUGCAGAGGCUUUACUCUGAGGUUCUCCUCCUCAAGAAUCUUAAUCACGACUCUAUAAUGAAAUUCCGUACUUCAUGGAUCGAUGUUGAACGAAGAACUCUCAACUUCAUCACCGAAAUGUUCACAUCCGGCAACCUAAGAGAGUAUCGGAAGAAGUACAAGCGAGUGAGUAUUCGAGCGGUUAAGGAUUGGGCCCGCCAAAUUUUGGAGGGUCUUGAUUAUUUGCAUGGUCACGACCCUCCAGUGAUUCAUCGGGAUUUGAAGUGUGACAAUAUCUUCGUCAAUGGCCAUCUUGGACAGGUUAAAAUCGGUGAUCUGGGAUUAGCAGCUAUACUUCGUGGUUCACACCAUGCCCACAGUGUCAUAGGCACACCUGAAUUUAUGGCACCUGAGUUAUACGAAGAAGACUAUGAUGAGUUAGUGGACAUUUACUCCUUCGGCAUGUGUGUUAUGGAGAUGCUUACUUCUGAGUAUCCGUACAGUGAGUGCUCUAAUGCUGCUCAAAUUUACAAGAAAGUCACCUCGGGAAAACUGCCAGAGUUAUUUUACGACAUCGAAGAUGAAGAAGCUCGUAGAUUUGUGGGAAGGUGUUUGAUGAAAGCUCCUGACAGACCAUCUGCUCGUGAGCUUUUGAUGGAUCCGUUUCUUUCAAUAGAAGAGGCACCAAAAUCCCCUGCUACCAAAAAAAUCUCGAAGAGCAUUGAUAUGACAAUCACGGGGACUAUGAAUCCAGAAGAUGAUGCCAUCUUUCUCAAAGUACAGAUUUCUGAUGAAAACGGUCCUGGUAUAAACAUCGACUUUCCGUUCGAUAUAACGAGCGAUACCCCGUUGGAUGUUGCUACAGAAAUGGUGAAGGAAUUGGAAAUAAAAGAAUGGGAGGCAGACGAGAUUGCUAAUAUGAUUGACGAAGAAAUUUCGAAUUUGGUCCCGUCGUGGAAGGAUUCCAUCUCUUCUCAAAUGCACCCGCAGCAGAGUUUCAACUACGGCGACGAUGAUAAUGACGAUAAUACCCCCCAACACCCUUUUUAUGCCACAUCAUCCUUAUCCUCCUCUGAGGUUUCCCUCCCAUGUCUUUUCUCCUUGAACGACCUCCAAUUUGACCGAGCAAAUUCACUUCAUGAUUUGCUUCAAGAGGAGACAAACGGCGAUGAUGAUGCCAGCUCACAAAGCUCGUCCUGCUCAUACAAGUACCAUAAUCUGAAGUACUGUUCGGCAAAUGAGAAUGAUUUUGCGCAUAACUUACACAGAGAAGAAGCUAUAAACCGCAAUAUAAAGACACAGAAAAGCACAAGGUUUGGACCAGAAGGGAGCAUGGCGAGAAACUGCAGCAAUAUUAAUGUGGCGGAUUAUAAUUUAAAACCCCAGCAGAAAAUGGUAAGAACUGGAUCGAUGGUUGAAAUACGAAGCCAAUUGUUGCAUCAGACACUUGUGGAGGAGAUAAACAAACAGCGCUUAUUCAGUACAGUUGGGGCGGUUGAGCAGAUUGGCUUCCAGGAGCCAUCUGUUGAUCGAAAGAAAACUAAUAAGGCUCGUAAAGGAAAAUAUACCAAGGAAAGAGGGUUUAAAUGGUGAAGUUUGAGGGUUGAUUUUUUCCCAUGAAGAAUCAAUAAUAGUUCUGUGUGAAGAUUGUUUUUGUGAGUGUGUGCUUUGUUUGGUGUGAAACAUUUGAACCUUUUACUCUGGUGUGAUGGAGUUUUAUGUGAGCAUGGAUUGAACAGUUGGAAACAAACAUGCGACACAUCUGUAACAAAAUAUGUAAUAAACAUUUGCUUUGAAAUACUAUGUACUGUAAUUUAU